AUACACAACGCGGCAGUUUCCAUUUGAAAUGCACUUUAAUUCGGAUUGACUUCAUGCGUUUGUGGACUUUAUGGAAGUUAGUUGGGAUUAAAGACAUAAAUGUGCUCUUCUGAUGCCGACUUAAGCUCCUGAUUGAGAGCUAAUUGAUGAUUUAGACCUGCUGAUUCCAAGCAUACAGACAAGUUUCCUAAGACAUGGACGACUCCAGUGAGGCCUAUUUAUGCAUAAACGAUCCCAACGGCAACCGAGCCGUCCACUGGUCCGAAUCCCACGCUCACCAGGAGCAGGAGAAGUUCAGGAGGAAGCUCAAGUAUUUCUUCAUGAACCCCUGUGACAAGUACAAAGCUCGCGGAAGAAAACCCUGGAAACUGAUACUGCAGAUCGUCAAAAUCGCUGUGGUCACCAUUCAGCUGGUGUUGUUUGGUCUCAGUAAUCAGAUGGUGGUUCAGUUUAAGGAGGAGAAUCUGAUGGCGUUCAGGCAUCUGUUCCUGAAGAGCUUCACCGACAGCAGCACCGACACUUACUCCGUUUACACACAGCAUGACGUUUACGCGCACAUCGCCUACACCAUGAAGCAGUUUCUGAUGUUGCCAAGCAUAACGGUGGGCAACCAUCAAUAUGAGAAGGAAGGUGAUGUUUACACUCCGCUCACCAUCUGCCAGCAGUUCUACCGCAACGGCAGCAUCUCACCAGCCAACGAGACCUUUGACAUUGAUGCUCAGGUGGAUGAAGAGUGUUUGCAGAUUUACCCAGUACCUCCCUUCUCAACUUUAACAACAAACCCGCUGAACUUUACUCUGCACUUUGAGAGGUUAUUGACAGUGACUGUAAAUUUCACUCUGAAAGCCAUUAACCUGGAGACGGUUGAGUAUCACGAGCUUCCGGACUGUUAUGUCUUCGACAUUAUGAUCACCUUUGACAACAAGGCCCACAGCGGUAGAAUCACGAUCGACCUGGACAAUGACGUGCACAUCUAUGAAUGCAGAGACUGGAGUGUGACUGGAGCAUCCCCGAGGAGCAUGUACGUGCUGGUUCUGUUUGACGUGAUGGUCAUUCUGAUUCUCGUGCUGUCGCUGCUGCUCUGCAUGCGCUCGGUCAAAGCUGGAGUUCAGCUGCAGUUUGAAUAUAGAGAAUUCUUCUCCAUUCGUUAUGGCAAACGCGUGUCCUUCUCCGACCGCAUGGAGUUCAUUAACGGCUGGUACAUCCUCAUCAUCGUUAGUGACGUUCUGACCAUCACAGGCUCUCUGCUGAAGAUCAUCAUCCAGCUGAAGGCCGUGGCGAGUUACGAUCUGUGCAGUAUCCUGCUAGGCACCGGAACCAUGCUAGUCUGGAUCGGCGUCUUACGCUACAUGGGCUACUUCAAAAAAUACAACUUCCGGACGCUGAACGUAGUUUCCGAGAGUCUGUUUUCCCUCAUCAACGGCGACGACAUGUUCGCCACCUUCAAGAACAUGCAGCAGAAGAGUGACGUGGUGUGGCUCUUCAGCCGCCUGUAUCUCUACACGUUUGUGUCUCUGUUCAUCUACAUGGUGCUCAGUCUGUUCAUCACGCUCAUCACCGACACGUACGACACCAUCAAG